UUCUUGAUUGAAGAGAUCAUGGUGCUCCCUCCACUUGGCUUGGCUGGUCGAAGAGGAGUGGCUAAAUUAACUCCUUUGGUUUGGGUUGGUCCUGGCGGCUGUUCGUCUAGAGCGCGCGGUAGGUUUUUGCGACGGUAAAAAUAUUGUAUGUACGGGCAAUCCAACGGCCCAGAGCAGCCGGUUUUACCAAAGUGCAAUCGCUUCUCUCCAACCCUGCCUCCCGAAGGCUGCAGCCAUGCGGCGGCACUACGCCGAGCUCCUCCGCCGCGCCGCCUCGCUGCCGUCUCUCUCGCUGGUGGCCUCCCUCCACGCCGCCGCGCUCCGCCGAGGCGCGGUCCUCGUCCCCUCGCUCAUCCACGCCUAUUCCGCCUGCGGCGACCCAGCCUCCGCGCUCAGCGUGUUCGACGGAUUGCCCGCACAGGAGCGGACGCUCUCUGCGCGCACCGCGCUGGCCAGCGCCAUGUCCGCGCACGGCAGGUGCCGGGAUGUGCUCGGCCUGUUCCGCGGACGGGAGGGGGAGAUGGACGACAAGGCGGUGACGGUGGUCCUCGCCGCGUGCGCUAGGGCCGGGAUGGUCAGUGAGGGGAGGGAAGUCUUCGCGAGGGUCAGGAGGCCAGCAUUGCAGCACUACACGUGCAUGGUGGAGAUGCUCGGACGUGCCGGGGAGGUCGAGGAGGCAGAGGGGCUGCUGGCGCGGAUGGAGGCACGCCCGGACAGGGUCAUCUGCAUGGUGCUGCUCGCCGCGUGCCGGGCGCAUGGCCGUGUCGAUGUGGCUGAGAGAGUGGCUAGGUUGAUGAGCGAGUAUGGCAUUGUAUGAAUUUUGGCAUAUUGAUCAGUUGACAAACUGGCCAUUGUGUUAGGCUGUUAGCCCAAAAUCAGUGAUCAAAACCAUUGUGUUAUGGAGCUGAUAACACAUAGUUUGGUUGA